CCCUGACCAGGAAUAAGCAGGUGACCAUGGAAAAUGUAUCAGCUGUGACAUCCUUCAUUUUGACAGCAUACACUGAACUGGAAGAUCACAGAUAUUUAUACUUCAUAUGUUUCCUUCUUUUGUAUAUUGUGAUAUUAUUGGUCAAUUUAGUUCUUAUUGUAGUCAUAUGCACUGAAAAAAGUCUUCAUGAACCUAUGCAUUUGUUUAUAUGUAGCUUAUCAGUUAAUGGAGUGUGUGGUAGUACAGUUAUAUAUCCAUCUGUGCUUAGCCAUUUGCUAUCUCAAAAUUAUGAAAUAUCUCUGCCCUUCUGUCUACUACAGAUAUACUGUAUAAUCUCAUAUGCUUUAGUUGAAUUUACUAUUUUAGCAGCGAUGAGCUAUGACCGUUAUGCUGCUAUCUGUCACCCAUUACACUAUCACCUCCUCAUGUCCCCUAGAAAGGUUUCUGCAGCCAUUGUAUUAUCCUGGGCUGUUCCCUGUGUUUACUAUGCAUUUUAUUUAAUAUUAUCAACUUCCCAACUGUCAUUCUGUGAAAGGCAUAUAGAAAAAAUUUUUUGUAUGCAUUUCGAAUUAGUUAAACUGUCUUGCUUUGAUACAACAAUUUUGCGAUUUUUAGGACCAGCAUCACUUAUUGUUUGUCCUAGUCCUCAGAUCGUCAUGAUAUUAUUUACCUAUGCAUGUAUACUCAGAGUCUGCCUGUCUGCUUCUAAAGAAUCUCAAGCCAAAGCUCUUCAAACAUGCACUCCACAUUUACUGUCUGUGAUUAAUUUUUCAGUGGGAUGCUUAUUUGAGAUCAUCCAGGGUCGUUUCAACAUGAGUCAUGUACCUCAUCAAGCUCGCAUAUACCUAUCCCUACAGACGAGCAUGGUUCCCCUACUGUUAAAUCCUGUCAUUUAUGGAAUUAGCAUUCAAGCCAUUAAAGUUCAGAUUUUCAAAUUGCUUAGUAGUAAAAAAAGAAGUGAAACCCACUCAUAGUGAUGAUUUAAAAAUAUAUUCUCUUUCUGUUAUUUAAAUAUGGUUCGUAAGGCUGAACCCUGUAUCACUGGGGUUUCCAGAUUCCAGAUUUGGGCACAAAUGUCAAGUUUUUUAUUAUUUGUACAGGUUUGGGUUUUGGUCCCAAAUGGACAAUAUAAAUACCCGGUCUGAAUAACUGAAAGUUGACAGGGAGUUUGUAAUGAAGUUCUUCCAUCUCCACUGUUUUUUCCUAAUUAUCCCCCCCACCCCACCUCGCCCACUUCAUGAUCAAGCAUCAAGAUGACCCCCCUGGUCAGCAAACCCGAACCUCGUCUGUGUGUACAUGUUUGAUAUCCAGUUUUGACAAAUUCUAAAUCCGGCAACCUUAUGUAUCACAAAGUAAUAUAAAAGGAACUGUAAUAUUAAAAAUCAUUCAAAUAUUGAAAAUGUCCUCCUGGGUAUUGCUUGGUUUGUACAUAUUUAAAUAAAUAUAUGGACAGUAAAGUAUUAAAGUGCUUUCAGUGACUAGGCUUGGUUGUAAGACAAGCCACAUCCACUUAGUUUAGCCCGAACCAAUCAAAUAAAACCAUUUGUA